GUGCGACUGCUGGCUUUGGCUUCCCACUGUGUCCCAUUGCUGGGGGGGUCAGUUGCACCUUUUAAUAGAGUUGGAGCAGUCCUGUAAGGGCGUCUCGGUGCUGAGUUGGGGAAAUCCGUGGUGUACCAAGAAACCAAUGGAGAAACAAGAGUUGAAAUAAAAGAAUCUGUCCGGGGACAGGAUAUCUUCAUUAUACAGACAAUCCCCAGGUGAAUGGUGCCAUUCUGUCCUCCCUGGGGAGAGAGUUCUCUGAAAUAACUUGUAACUGAGAGCUUUGUAAACAUGAGACAGGGAUGUGAAUACUGCUGUGAUGGAGCUGCUGAUAAUGGCUUAUGCACUGAAGACUUCCUGUGCCAGGAACAUCAUUGGGGUCAUCCCCUACUUCCCCUACAGCAAACAGAGCAAAAUGAGGAAGAGAGGCUCCAUAGUCUGCAAGCUGCUGGCGUCCAUGCUCGCCAAGGCAGGUUUAACACACAUUAUCACUAUGGAUCUUCAUCAGAAGGAAAUUCAAGGCUUCUUCAGCUUCCCUGUAGACAACCUGAGAGCAUCCCCUUUCUUGAUUCAGUACAUACAGGAAGAAGUGAGAUUCCAGAUUAUAGAAACGCAGUUAUUGUGGCCAAGUCUCCUGAUGCAGCUAAAAGGGCUCAGUCUUACGCUGAGAGGCUGCGGCUGGGGCUGGCAGUGAUCCACGGUGAGGCUCAGUGCACAGAGCAGGACAUGGAUGAUGGACGUCACUCCCCUCCCAUGGUCAAAAAUGCAACUGUGCAUCCUGGUCUGGAGCUGCCAUUGAUGAUGGCCAAGGAGAAACCACCAAUAACUGUGGUUGGAGACGUCGGAGGAAGAAUUGCCAUCAUUGUGGACGACAUCAUUGAUGAUGUGGAAAGCUUUGUAGCUGCUGCAGAGAUCCUGAAAGAGCGUGGAGCCUACAAGAUCUUUGUGAUGGCCACUCAUGGGCUCCUGUCUGCAGAUGCACCCCGUCUCAUAGAGGAGUCUUCCAUUGAUGAGGUGGUGGUGACCAACACAGUUCCUCAUGAGGUACAGAAGCUGCAGUGCCCCAAGAUAAAGACUGUGGAUAUCAGCUUGAUUCUCUCUGAAGCCAUCCGACGAAUCCACAACGGGGAGUCCAUGGCCUAUCUCUUCCGCAACAUCACCGUUGAUGACUAGACCUGCCCCUGCCCCUGUCCUGGCUUCCACGGGAGAAGGAAAAAUGCAUGAAAAGGCAGUACCAUAAAUUAUAGGCAUAACACAACCGUUUAUUCAUGUAGGAAGGGUGAGAGUUCUCAGGGUCUUGAGCCAUGAGAUCCAAUAGAAAAAGAUCAACCUGACCAGCACUUUACAGUUGAACAGAAGAGGCCACUGGCAGUGGGGAGGGUUUACAACUUUGAGAGAAAUGGAGAAAUGAGGAAGGUUUGAAUUUUAAUUUUUUUUUUUUAGUUGUUAUCUCUUGCUCUGAAGGGUGGGGGGAGAAGAAAAGUGUAAAAAGAAUAGCUGUCAGCUUCUGAGAAAGGAAUAGAGAGCACUUGUUGCUGCGUGUGGAUUGCAAGAGGAAGCAACGUUUGGGUUUCUGUUUCUGAUUGUGGCUUGCCUGAGAAAGCACAGAAAGGAACGUCUCGCUGAGGCUGCUGGGCUGCACCACUCGCUGCUGGCAGAGCAGAGUGCCAGCUGAGCCCCCUGUGAUCUCUUGCAUGGCAUAGUGAGUGCUUUCAUCAGAUCCAAGUUAGCAGAACAGCCAGAAAGGGCAGCUCAGGUCAUAUCAUUGCAGGGCUGCUCGGGUCCCUGUGACUGGGCACUGGGAACAAACUCGCACGUACCUCCCAGCAGGGCAAGGGGUGCUGGGCCAUUUCAUUUCGUGAGCCUUGGGUCAUUAUUGUGCUUCAGUAGAAAGUCAUGUGAGGCUCUGGGUCAUCACUUGAACACUUGUCUGCACUGCAAAACCAGGCGUGAUUCCUGGAGCUGCCUGAAGUUACUGAAUGAGGGCAGAAUCUUCUCGGGGAGGGGGUUGGAACAGCAUCUGCCUCCAGCACAGCUGAGCUCUCUGAAACAAUAACACUCAACCUGCAAUAAAAAGCAUAGGAUUUCUCAUUUUUUGGUGCUUGCAGUGACCCCUUCGCCCUCUGAACAGCUGCUGUGUCUGAACCAUGAGGCUUUUGCUGUAAGUAGGCUCUCUUGGCAGCUUCUAGCCUUCUUCCAUGGGGAAGCAGGACUUGCUACUUGCUCCUUCUUGAGUGACACAAAUCCUUGGCUGGAGGGGACGCUGGAGAAAGCAGUGUGCAGUGCUUGUGGAGGGCUUCAUCUCCAGGUUGAUACAGGGAUAAAUUCCCAAACUGUGAUCUUCCCCCUUAAUGAAGCAAAUAAACGUGCUCCAGUAAAGCCUG